AUGAUCAGCUCGGUGUGUGUCUCCUCCUACCGUGGACGCAAGUCGGGGAACAAACCACCUUCCAAAACAUGCCUGAAGGAAGAGAUGGGCAAAGGGGAAGACUCGGACAAGAUCACCAUCAAUGUAGGGGGCACCCGGCAUGAGACCUACAAAAGUACCCUGCGGACUUUGCCGGGCACCCGUCUGGCCUGGCUCGCCGACCCCGAUGCCCAGAGCAACUUUGACUUUGAUGGUAAAAGCAAUGAAUUCUUCUUUGACCGUCACCCUGGGAUCUUCUCCUAUGUGCUCAACUACUACCGCACUGGCAAGCUGCACUGCCCAGCUGACAUCUGCGGGCCCCUCUUCGAGGAGGAGCUGACCUACUGGGGCAUCGACGAGACCGACGUGGAGCCCUGCUGCUGGAUGACCUACCGCCAACACCGCGAUGCCGAAGAGGCCCUGGACAUCUUCGAGAGUCCUGAGCCUGGUGGAGGGGCUGGUGGAGAGGAGCCUGAAGAGGAAGGGGGUAGGGAGAUGGCCCUUCAACGCCUGGGCAUGGAGGACAGGCUGCCGGGGGCGGCAGGGGCUGCCGGAGGGGGUGGCUGCUGUCGGAAUUGGCAGCCCAGGAUGUGGGCACUCUUUGAGGAUCCCUAUUCAUCCAAGGCGGCAAGGGUAGUUGCUUUUGCCUCACUCUUCUUCAUCCUGGUCUCCAUCACAACCUUCUGCCUGGAGACACACGAGGCCUUCAACAUCAAUGUCAACGUGACGGAGACCCUCGUGGUUGGCAACACCACGACAAUCCUGCUGACGCAUAAGGUGGAGACAGAGCCCAUCCUCACCUACAUUGAAGGGGUCUGCGUCCUGUGGUUCACCCUCGAGUUCCUGGUUCGCAUCAUCUGCUGUCCAGAUAAGCUUCUCUUCAUUAAAAACCUGCUCAACAUCAUUGACUUUGUGGCCAUCUUGCCCUUCUACCUGGAGGUAGGUCUUAGCGGCCUGUCCUCCAAAGCUGCCCGGGAUGUGCUGGGCUUCCUGCGGGUGGUCCGUUUCGUCCGGAUCCUCCGGAUCUUCAAGCUGACACGACACUUUGUGGGCCUCCGGGUGCUGGGCCACACGCUCCGGGCUAGCACCAAUGAAUUCCUGCUCCUCAUCAUCUUCCUCGCCUUGGGGGUCUUGAUUUUCGCCACCAUGAUCUACUAUGCUGAGCGGAUCGGAGCUAAGACAUCCGACUCCAGUGGGAGUGACCCGACUCACUUUAAGAACAUCCCCAUUGGGUUCUGGUGGGCUGUGGUCACGAUGACGACCCUGGGCUAUGGCGAUAUGUACCCCAAAACCUGGUCGGGCAUGGUGGUGGGGGCUCUCUGUGCAUUGGCUGGGGUGCUUACCAUCGCCAUGCCUGUGCCCGUCAUUGUCAAUAACUUUGGGAUGUACUAUUCCCUGGCCAUGGCCAAGCAGAAGCUGCCAAAGAAGAAGAAAAAGCAUAUACCCCGUCCGGCCCCACUGGACUCCCCUGCCUACUGCAAAUCUGAGGAAAACUCCCCCCGCAACAGCACCCAGAGCGACACCUGCCCCUUGGCAGUAGAGGAAGGGGUGGCUGAGCGGAAACGGUCAGACUCUAAGCAGAAUGGCGAGGCCAACGUGGUGCUAUCAGAUGAGGAGCAGCCGCUGUCACCAUCUGAUGAGGAGAAGCGGCCCAUGCGGCGCUCUAGCACCCGGGAUAAGAACAAGAAAUCCUCCACGUGCUUCCUCCUGGCCACAGGUGACUUCUCCUGCGCAGCGGAUGGAGGCAUCCAGAAAGGCUAUGGAAAAUCCCGGAGCCUAAGCAGCAUAGAUGGUGUGGCAGGAUCCACGGUGGGGUUGGCUCCCCUUGCGUCGCGCUACAGCUCUCCCUGUCCUCUGCGGCGCCCCUGCUCUCCUGUCCCCUCCAUCCUCUAA